AUGAGCGGCAGCGAUCCCACCGUCGUUGGUGAGGAAACAGAAAACUCGACGCGACCUCACGCUGGGUCGCAUAGCGUGUCGAGUACUGAGAUGCGCCUUGAUGUGGACGAGGAGCAUUUCGAGUCCCCGCUACCCGAGGAGGAAGAUCUCGAGGACGACAACCUCGCAGCGCUGGACCAGAUUCGCUCGCGCACGCGCAGUCGUCCUGGCUAUGAAACAAUAGAAUGGAAGAUCGAUGACCCAGAAAACCCCAAGAACUGGGGUAAUGCCAAAAAGUGUGUCGUCGUCGCCUUGACAUCGAUGCUCGUUCUCAACUCGACGAUUGGAUCCGCGCUCCCCAGUCAGGCGAUCCCCUUCAUCACCGCUUACUUCGGCGUGACGUCGCAGGAGCAGCGCGUGCUGCCUAUCUCCGUCUUCCUCGUCGGCUACGUCUUCGGCCCGCUCAUCUGGGGCCCGCUGAGCGAGCAUAUGGGCCGGCGGCGCCUGACGCUCGCCACGUUCACCAGCUUUGCGCUCUUCACCAUGGGCUGUGCGCUCGCGCCGUCGUGGGGUGCGCUGCUCGUGCUGCGCUUCUUCACUGGCGUCUUCGCCGCCUCUCCGAUCGCCAUCGUUGCGGGCAUCCUCGCCGACGUCUACGGCGACGCGCGCACCCGCGGUCGCGCCUUUGGCGUCUUCAUGGUCGUCACUACCCUCGGUCCGCUCAUCAGUCCCAUUAUCUCGGGCUACGCCGCCGAGACCAUUGGCUGGCGCUGGGCCUUUUGGAUCAAUCUUAUGUACGCCGGUGCCACCCUCGCCUGCGUGCUCUUCCUGCCCGAGACGUAUGAGCCCGUGCUGCUCGAGCGCCGCGCCCGCCGCCUCCGCGAGCAGGACCCUAUCCGCAACAAGGUCGUCGCGCCGCGUGAACUUGAAGAGACUGACGUGCGCCAGCUCAUCAGCGUCGUCCUAGCGCGGCCCUUGCGCAUGCUUGUCACCGAACCCAUCGUCGCCUGCUGCUGCGCCUACCUCGGCCUCGUCUACGCCGUCUUCUACAUGUCCUUCCAGGCGUACCCGAUCAUCUACCAGGGCCUCUACCACCUCAGCCCCGGCGAGGCCGGCCUCACCUACCUCUCCGUCGGCGUCGGCGCCGCCGUCGCCCUCCCCAUCUUCUGGAACUGGGACGCCGUCCUCGCCCGCGCCCAGGCCCGCGACGCCGCCUGGGUUCGUCGCGAGGAGUACCGCCGGCUCCCCCUCGCCUGCAUCGGCGGCCCGCUUUUCGUCGUUUCCCUCUUCUGGAUGGGUUGGAGCGCCCGCCCCGGCGUCCCCUUCGCCGUGCCGCUUCUCGCUGGCAUCCCCUUCGGCGCCGGCAUGGUCCUCAUCUUCUUCGCCAUCCUCAACUACCUCGUCGACGCUUAUGAGGUCUUCGCUGCCUCCGCCAACGCCGCCUCCUCCACCAGCCGCUCCGUCCUCGCCGUCGUCCUGCCCUUUGCCACUACCAAGAUGUUUGACCGCCUUGGCAUCGCCGGCGCCUGCUCCCUGCUCGGCGGCCUGCUCGCCGUCAUGUGCGUCAUCCCGUUCGUCUUCAUCUGGAAGGGCGAGGCCAUCCGCGCAAGGUCAAAGUUUUGCGUCGCCCUGCGAGAGAGGAGGGAGAAGCUGGCGCGCAGGGCCGAGGAGCGCCGUCGGCGCCAGGAGAGGGAGGAGAUGCGGGAAAAGUCAAAACGAGAAGGAGGGGAAGCGCAAAUGCAGCACGCUGUAGAACAGCAGGAAGUCUAG